AUGCAGAUCGUCCGGUGGCUGUACUUCUCCGGGCUGGCGUUUGCUGUGCUGAUCCCGGCAGGGUGGCAGAUGGGCCCCAAGGACUUGGGUGACACGUCCAGAUGGCAGUCGUACGAAUCCCAAAGCGCCCAAAGCUUCGCCUCCAACAUCAAGCGGCACUCGGAAGGCACCUUCACCAGCGACUUCACCCGCUACCUGGACAAGAUGAAGGCCAAGGACUUUGUGCACUGGCUCAUCAACACCAAGCGGUACAGCUCCACAAAGAGGUACCUGAAGGAGAAGCCCCACAGCAUCCCCCUCCCGGCCUCGUUCCCGCUGCUUGCCAUCCCAUCGGGAUCCCGCACCCCGCUGCUCUCGGGGCAUUUCGAGGCACCGGUCUCCAACUCCGGCUUGGCUCAAGGUGCCCCGUUUUCCUCUCAGUUCCUCGAGGUUUAG